UAUGGCGAUUAAUUUAUUCCUCUCAGUUUAUUUUAAGCAUAAAGUUGGAAAGACAUCAUUACUUGUCACCAUGUUUAAGUACUCUUGCAAUAAAUGUUUUUUGCCAAAAACUGUGGAUAAUCCAAAUAAAUUCUAUUUUUCUACUUGCGGUCACAUCUUCUGUCAGCGCUGUUCGCCAAAGGGGCGAUGUCACAUAUGCAAAGCGCCCUACGUGGCUAGGAUAAUCGACGUUAAUAUGUCUAAGUCGAUGGCAAUUUAUUUUGAGUCGGCGGUAAAUGCAUAUAAUCGGUUUCAGCAAAUCAUGCAUUUUCAAACUAUGCAGGAUUCAUUACUCGCUCAUUACUACGUAACUAAAUUGCCACAUAAAAUUCAAGCUGCGCAAAAGAAGCUUAAUGGCAUGAUGAGAAUCGAUGAAAAUUUGAAUGAGAAAUUAGCACAUGAAAGCGAACGCAUUGACAAACUGAAGGCCUAUUUAGCUGCUAAAAAACGUUGGUCGGAAGAGUGGAACUCUCAAAGACAUCAGCGACCGCCACGCGGACGUUCUUCAACGGUGUCCACAUACCGCAAGCAUAGUAGUGAACAUUUACGCCCUAGGACACCAACAAUUAGCACAGUAUCGGACUUAACAAUGUCAAGCGAAAAUUGCACAAAAAGUACAAAUUCAAGCAUUCAAAGUGACUCGUUUUUACAUCAUACUCGGAAUGAUUUUACCAUAUAAAAGUUGAAAAUGAAAAGUUAAAAAUGAAAAUGCUUCUACAUAAAAUAUAAAAAUUUUAAAAUAAUAGUUAACUCAGCAUUUACAUACAAGUUUAUAAAACGGAUUGUAAACUUAAUUUAAUUAUAAGUGUCAGUAUGAUUGAAUGGAAAACUUUAUUAGGUAUAUUGUGGUUGUGCGUGGUGAUAAGAAAUCGUCUAAGAAGUAGUAAUUAACAGUUUGCGCUUUAGUAGUUAAGUAGUUAAGAAUGAAUGUAGAACAACUAAUUUGUAUAUCUUCAAUAACACGUGAAUACAUCUCCAAUUGAUUAAACGGCGCGUACUUUGCCUCGGAUACAGCAGCAGCUAUUAAAAGUUAAUCAUAAUCGUGAGUGAGUUAGUUGAAACAAUAAAGUGGUACACAUAAUAUUAGUGAUAACUUCAAUGAGUCCUGUAUCAGCGAUACGAGUGAAAAUGUUUAAUAACUGUAUUAGAUUAUCUCGGCGAUAACUAAAUCAAUUGCCAAGGGCAAUACAUAUACUAUAAGCGCUAUAGAUUAAGGUGAAACUGUAGGAAAAUUUAGAAUAAAUUCGGUAAUUUCAGCUUUUUAA